AUGGCGGUGCGCUUGAGAGGGCGGCCAGCACAUGCGCCCGGACCGACCUUUCUGGCCUACACUCCCAACGGCAAGAAGCUCAUCACAGUCGGAUCGAACGGGGCAUUUCGCAUUUUCCAACAUGGGUCUGACGGUGAACCUGCCGUCAUUGACGUUUUGUCAGACAGUCAUACAUGCGUGGCAGCAACAAAUGACUUCUUCGUGGUCGGAGCCGAAGACGGCUCGGUCACAAAGUACUCCCUUCUCACGAACAGCAUGGAUGAUAUCCUCGUGCGAAGCUCAUUGCCUGUUCGAGACCUUGCGUUGUCCCCCGACGGAGAGUGGGUUGCCGUGGCUAGCGACGAGCUGGACGUCAAGGUCGUCAACACACGAGACAUGACCCGCAUUAUGCACCUUAGAGAGCAGUCGAAGCCGGCGAAGCACGUCUCUUUUGACAUCGGAGGGUCUCUCCUUACAGUUUCGUGCUCCGAUGGCAUUAUCUAUGUUUACUCAAUCAGCUCCGAGCAACCGCUUCUGGUCAAGCGUAUCGAGGGGCUCAUAAAGUCGCUUGAAACGGACGCUGAAGCGAGCGCCAAAGUAACUUGGCAUCCUGAUGGACGUGCAUUCCUGGCACCCACAGCAACAAGAGACUUGCAAUGCGUGUCGAAAAGUGACUGGCAGCGACAAAAAGCAUUCACUGGUGGCCACCAGGCUGACGUCUCGACUGCGGCCUGGUCACCCAACGGCACCGUCCUUGCCACGGCGGACGUCAACAAAGGUCUUUGCCUCUGGGAUACGCGAACGCAGCGCUUGCUGAAAACAUUCGACGAUAUUAAUAACAAUAUCCUGUCGCUUGACUGGCAUCCAACAGAGAACAUCCUGUCUUAUACCAACAACAAUGGCGAGCUCUUUAUCAGAGAAGAUUUCGUGCCAAGCGAACACGCAAAAGUGCUCAGAGUCACGCUCCAACCAGCACCAAUCAACGGCAGGCCCCUUACUGAAGUUAAUGGCAAUGCACGGAAGGGCCCGUUGCCUGGAUACAAGAUCAAUGGGUUCCAGCGUGACGUUGAAGAUGACUAUCUCGACCAACUCUUGCCAGACGCUGACUCUGAGGUGGGUGCUGAUUUCAUUGAGGACGAUGACGGAGCGGGCUAUGCCGAAGAGAUCAAUCCGUUCGGUAAAAGGUCAGCGGGUGCGCUGAAUGGCAUGUCCACAAAGCGCCAUCAACCUUCUAUGCCAUGGCAGCCCAGGCCGCACGGCACCUUCCAACCUGGCAGCACACCUUGGAAAGGCAAUCGACGUUAUUUGUGCCUCAAUCUUGUAGGUUUCGUCUGGACGGUCAGCCAAGAGACUCAUCACACGGUCACAGUAGAGUUUUACGAUCGACAGGAGCAUCGCGACUUUCACUUCACAGAUCCGUACAAGUACGACAAGGCCUGCCUCAACGGGAAAGGCACCUUGUUUUCGUGUCGACCGUCCGCGCAGAGCCAGCAAAAAGCAAUGCUUUUCUACCGCCCGCAUGAGACUUGGACAACACGUACAGAGUGGCGCACGCAGCUUCCGGCAGGGGAGGAGGUGACGUCGAUGUCACUCAGUGACUCGUACGUGGUGGCGACGACAUCCGCAGGCUACGUCCGUACCUACAGUUUGUUCGGCGUUCCUCUGAAGGUCUACCGCCAGAAAAGUACACCGGCUGUCACUUGUGCAAGCUGGCGCGACUAUGUCAUGACGGUAGGCAACGGCCCCGUUGGCGGCGAUGGCGCGACUCGCUUACUUUACACGAUCGAAAACGUUCGGCGGGACGAAGUCUGUCAGAGCGAUGACAUCCUACCCCUACCCGAAGGCGUUGAGCUACGCAAUAUUUGUUUCAGCGAUAAGGGUGACCCCUGCAUCUACGACACGUCGGGCGUGUUGCUGACCUUGCUACACUGGCGUACGCCCGGUCAGGCCAAAUGGGUUCCACUGCUUGAUACACGAACGCUCGAUCGACUCGCGGAUGGCAAGAAGGACGAGAACUAUUGGCCGGUAGCGGUGGCGAACGACAGAUUCCACUGCAUUAUACUGAAAGGUGGCGAACGUGACCCGUACUUCCCACGGCCUCUGCUCUCCGAAUUCGAGUUCCGGAUACCCGUGUCAGCGCUCUCCACAGACCUUGCCGAGGACGAUGAAAAUCGGGACCUAGGUCACGCACAAAAGCUUGAGGAGCAAUUUGUACGGGCAACGCUGCGGCACUCACUACAGCUGCACUUAGUGGAGAACACGAACGCUACACGUGCCCAGAAAGCGGAAGUACCACUCCUCGAGCGGGAAGUGGACAAGGUAUUGUUGCAGCUGUUGGCGGGCGAGUGCAGGGAGGGUGAGGAGCGCGGCAUGAAGGCACUUGAGAUCGUGACCAUGAUGCGUGACCGAACCGGCCAGAUGUUAGAGGCUGCCGGCAAGGUAGCAGCCCGCUUCCAGCGUGACAUACUGGGCGAGAAAAUCAACGAGCUUGCCGAGCGACGAUUGGUCGGCCUGGUUGACGACAACGUCUGA